CAUCGCACAACACACAUAGCAUUGCGUACGGCCGUCAAGGCAUUACGGGGACAGUCAUGGACGUCGAUAUUUUUGGGGCACAACGUUGCGCAGCUGUGCUGUGUGCGUGCGUGAGUGCGUCGUGCCCGACGGGCGACGAGAUGUGACGCGAAACGGCCGCCCCGGCGACGAUUAUACCGAUUUUUUUCAUUACAUAGAGAAGAUCACAACCGUAACGGGCAGAGACACGUACACACACACACAUAGACACAAGCCGUACACAGAGGAAAAAAAUUAUACGAAAAAAGCGGCGAUUUGCAGUCAUUCACUACGGACGAGAAACGAAUGUCUGAAUACGAGAGGUCCGUCCGUGGUGUUGUCUCUCUUCGACGCGCCGCACGCUCUUCUGUGUCAGUUAAUUUGUUUACGCGACGCAUUUAAAAAAUCGACCGAUCGGCCGUAGGUAACAAUGGAGCUCAGCGGUGGGGGGGCACCCACCGGGGCCGUGGCCUGUCCCGUGUGUACUCUCUACCUGCGCGAAGGCAUCAGUCUGCAAAAGCAUCUAGACACACAUCCCAAGGAACAGGUUAUAGAAGCGCUCAUCAAAGCCAGCGCCUCUUCGUUGCAGACACAUCAACAGCAACAACAGCUGCAAUCACAAAAUGUACCGGUAUCAGCGACAACGGGGAUAUCGGCGUCGUUGCAAUCGCAAGCCGUGCCUCAGGCUUCUACCUCUCUUCAAACACCCCAAGUGUCGCCUCAAGUCACACAGAAUGCGCACAUCUCCACUCACUCACCGUAUCCGAUAGGACCUAUCUUUGAAUGUCCGCCCGUAGGCAUGAUGCCACCACAGUUUACCUCGUUUAACUAUCAACAGUUUGUGAACAAUGGGACCAUGAUGAUACCACAGUAUGCGAUGGCGCCACAAGCUAAUCAGAUGAUGCAGAUGCUGUAUAAUCCAUACGGUUUGUAUCAACAGCAGCAAAUACCCACCGUCCAAAUGAUCUCACCAGUUGCAGCUGUUCCUGGCCAGACUAGGAUCCGACCAGUGGUCACCAUGGCGGCAGAGAGUAAUGCCAGAACCACUCUAACUGUUCAUGUAAAUAGUCCUGAGCCUAAGCAGAUCCUGCCUGAAAUUUUGCCAGAGAAUGAGCCCGAGCCUGGACCAAUCAUACCAGAUGUGAGCCUACCAGCAUCACCUGUGCUGCAGAAUGAGGACACGUCUGUUAGACGGGAAGAGAACGAUAACAAUUCACUGGAGAUUGAUCGUAGAGGACAACAGACACCAAGUUCUACAUCAUCAGGUGAAAAUGCAGUACAGCGCGAAUUUAAUGCUAUUUCUAGAUCCAUCACAAUUACCCGAUCUAUAGAUAAUGCCGAUGAGGAUAAAGUGGAAAGUGUGCUGCCAGAUAUAGUAGAUGAGGAGCAGAGUGAAAUUUUGCCUGGGGAUAUGCAACAUAAUCAGAGCAACCAGAACAAUCGUAUUUUUGAACAAUCGGAAACACAACAGGUUUUAGACAAGGAAUAUGUCGGUGUGUCAGAAAAGAAGGACGAAACAGCUGAUGUCGACUCCAUAAUUUGUGAACAUGAAUCGGAAAUGGUGAGUAACGACAGACCUGUAAGUCGCAGCAGCAGUGUCAAUAGUAAUAUCGCGUUAUCAAGAGAUCCGGUAAUAGAGGCACUGAAAGACUCUGCUCAACCGGAACUUAAUCCUGUAGAAAGAUUGGAGAGUUUGAUAACUAUAAUGGAGACAGAGCUUAAUAAUGCCUCACUUCAGAAAGAAAGCGAUGAUGCGCAGAACAAUCAGGAGGAGAGAUUAACAAGUGCAAAGGAAAAACCUUUAGUAAACAGGGAAGAGAGUGUGAUCCAUGAUACUGUUGUCACCAUUCCGGGUUCUCACGAGAAAGAUCACAUAUUGCCUGAUAUACAAGAGGACAACAACACAUGGUGCCCGAACGAUUAUGUGGAUGACGAAUUGAGAACGUUAGAAAAAACUUGUCGUUAUUUAUCAUACAAUGAAGAUUGUUCGAAAGUAGAUGAUCAAGUGGAUGAUCAGCCAAAAACGCUAGAAAAGAAUGAUUUGUAUAAGUAUAAACAUAGUUUUUCAGCGCCAGCUUCUCCUGUCGCGGGAAAGAAGAGUUGCAAGACCACACGCCGUUAUAGCACCAGAUCGGAAUUGGGAUCGUGCGAAAAUCUUAGCGCAUGGCAUCAUCCUACCGGUUUUGACGACGUAACGAUCGUGCGCGAAGAGGAUGAGGACGAUGACGAGGACGAAGAUAUAACGGAUGAUGAAGAGCGUGAAAAAAUCGACGAAGACAACUUUGAUGAAGCGGACAUGGAGAUCGAGGAGAUACCCAGUCCUCAUACGCCGUUUGUGAAAUAUGGUGAGAAUGCUGAAAGUAGCGUCAGGUCGCAUACGCCGUUGUCCACGAUCAGCGGUAUUUCUGUAUUAAGAGUCAGGAAGGAUCUCAGUAAACCCUGUUCGCCUACGUCCAUAAAUUCGUUCCAUCAAAUGAUGGAAGAUAGUGAUAGCGAAAGUCACGACGAGGACAGUAAUACUGUAGAUAAUAAUGUUGUAGAUAAAGCUGUAGAUAAGGCGGCGAAGGAUCCGAUUGACUGUUCUGCGGUCGAAGAGAAAAUCAAGACUGAUCAUCAGCAGCAAGCAUCAGCUCAUACUACGGUAUGUCAAAAUGUUGAGAAAGUUCAGGAAUCGAGUAGUAGUUACAUGUACCAUCAUCAGUCAGUAAUAACUGAGCAUAUUAGUUCAUUCCCCACGAUUCAUUCGCAGCAAUCCGUCUUAAUGCACGAGUCAUUUUCCAUGACGACAAGUACGAAAACGCAAAGCCUCCUAAAUCUACCAGAAUCGAUCAAUCCCACAACCAGCACCGAUCCUAAAAGCUUUCACUCCACCAAAUCUCUGAUACAAAAACAAUCAAUGGAACUGCUCAACAUAAAUGAAGAUGCUCAUGCUGGACCGAUGAACGUCUUCGAAUUCGACGGACUACAAAUAUUAGUUCCUAGUACAUUUAUAAGUGACUCAUCUCAGAAAGCAGUGAGUGCGACUAGCCAGCAAUCUAUGGCGAGUAGCGAGGGUGCAAUAGGUGUUGAUGAGGAAGUUAAAAGUAUUAAUAUGCGUGCCGAUGAAACUAUGCCACCCAGAGGCGAAUUGUCAGAACAAGAGAGCAACGGAUGCACAGAACAAUCUACGUGGCAGUUAUACAUGGGACAAGAAUCUUCACGUAUGUCUACUUCUUACGACUUACUGGCGCGCGAAAGCUGGGAAGAAUCGGAAGGAUCCGACAAUGAGAUUAGCGGACCGUUGUUGGACAGCAGAUCGCUAGCAACGCACUUCACUUCGAGUCUGUUUUUGGACCGGGAUCGAAAGACACCGACCAAACGGACGUUCAAGUGUUCCUAUUGUAACGAGGUGUUCGAUUGCCCAAAAGAGCGUAGAGUCCACAGCACGACGGUGCACAAAGAAGCGAUUCCCAGUAGCAGUAGAGACCAAUUGGAUCAACCGGAGAUGAAAGAUAUCAAGUUGUUAGACAAUCGCGUGAACAUGUUCGACGAUCUGUUCGUGCCAAGUCUUCACAUGCAGCAGAUGUAUCAUCAGCAGCCACUCUUGCAUCAGCUUCAGCCGCCGCCGCAGCCGAACUCAGAAGUUGGCCUGACGAAGGCUGAGAGUGAGCAAAAGAUCGGUGAGAAUUUGGCGUUACCGUCGAAUAUCGAGGUGACCUGUACAAUAUGCAAUCAACGAUUCAAUAGCGAGAAGUCUCUGCAGUUACAUCACAGGCGCAUGCACCUCGCCGAAGUGAACAAACGUAUACGCGAGAACGCAAAGUGUCAGAUAUGCAACGAGGAAUUCCCGUCGGUGUUGCUGUUUAACGCCCAUCUAAAGAUACACCCGUUGGAGUGUGGACAGUGCGGCAAGUAUUUUUACCGCAAACAAAACUUUAAACUUCACAUGAAACGCCAUUUGGGCAUUAAACCGUUUCCGUGCACCGUAUGUGACAAAGCGUUCCUCACCAAGCAGAAAUUGGAAGAACACACCAAUGGUCACACCGGCAACGCGCCGGUCAAGUGUAGUCUGUGCAACGAGACCUUCCGCAGGUAUUCGAAUUUAACUCAGCACAAAAACCGUCAUCAUCUCAACAUCAAGAAGAAGCUCAAGGACUAUAUAUGUCACUGCGGCGAAGUGUUUCACACAAAGAAGAAGCUCGCUUGGCACAAAGAGACGCACGACGAGAAGCCCAAGGCGUGCACGUACUGCAACGAACGUUUUAUCCACAUGUCCAGCCUGACGCGUCAUAUGCGUCGUGCUCACAAUCGUCGAUUCGUGCCCGACGCUCAGCGCGAAAGUGAGAACGUCGAGUGCCCCGUUUGUAAUAGCAUCUACUUGCGAUCGUCACUAGCGGUGCACAUGCGCGUUCACAACGGCGAACGGCCGUACGAAUGUCAAGUCUGCUCGAAAUCGUUCAGCACCAAGUGGAAUCUGCAGUUGCACAAGUGGACUCACGCCGCUCGCAGCACCAAGCCGUUUAAGUGUAAUCAAUGCAGCGCGGCGUUCUAUCGUCACAGCGACUACACGGCGCACAUGAACUCCCACCGAAAUGUACGGCCGUAUACAUGCAACUACUGUGGCGCACAGUUCAUCCGUAAGUACAACUGCCUGCGACACGUGAAGGAGCACGAAGAGAACAAAGCGUACACGUGCGAUGUGUGCAACAAGACCUUCCAUCGCUCGUACUAUCUGAAGGAGCACUUGAGAGUGCACUCGGGCGCGCGACCGUACACAUGCCAUAUCUGUGGCAAGUCCAGCGGCACCAAGUCUAAUCAUAACAAGCACGUGCGAAUUCAUCACGCGCGUGAGCCUGUAAAUACAGAGAACUAAAUAAGGACCCAUUAGAUCGUCCAUCAUGCUCAUUGGACUCUUUUGUUGCCGCGGUCGGGACUAAUUGACGAAUGACUCGGCGCAGUCGCCCGAUCGCUGUACUUACAGCGAUAUUAUAGUGAAUGUUUAGGGACUGGAACUGUGCUUUUACGUUUUUUUUUUUUAACAAGAUAUUGACCGGUAUUCAUAGUCCGAUCUGGAAUAUAAGAUUCGACCUUGAAUACCGAUCAUCGAGACCAAUGUGUAAUAUUUCGAUGAGCUUGGUUUUCGACUAUCUUGAAAACUAAACUCGCUCUAGAAAUACAUCACGGGCGUCGAUCCUAGUUUUUAACUUGAUUCAGAAUUACAAGACAAGCCUUAAUGAUAGGGCAGGCAUAACAUUGCUGUUUUUUUUUUUUUUUUUUUAAUUAUAGUUAUAAUUAUGCAAAAUUAUGAAAUUUAUUAAUUAUUAUUUAGUGUCAAUUUUUUAGCUUACAGCUGUCGAUGUGUUUUAUUGUGCUCGAUGUGCAGCACAUGAUGUACAAUGGCGUGAUAAUGACGUAAGAUUUAAAGUCACCGACAAUGAACGCUGAAUCUGAAGUCUACGUUGCGCUGGUUCUACUGUUUAGUUUUAUUCAAUUUCUCACAUAAGUAUACAUACUAUAUAUAUAAUACGCUGCGUACAUUUUUAAUAAUUAUUAAGAAUGUGUAAAUUUUUUAUAUAUUCGAAGAAGUGUCUUACGAUAGCACUUAAAACAUUGCCAUACGUAGAUUAACUCGGAGGCGUGAUUAUCGUUCGUUUUAAUUCAAAUCUAGGUAAUUUUUUUCUCAUUUUAUCUAAAGUUUCUUUUAAAACUUUAUUACGUUAUUAUAUUAUAUCAUUAAUUCUCUUUUAAUGACUUUAAUCUUUAUUUCCAAAAAAAGAUCUUUAUUUCCGUUGUUAAUGCAUUUUUCAUGCAUGUGUUAAAAAUGUGAUUUAGUUUGUGACUUAAUUCGAUGUGAGAUAUUUUGACCCUUAGAUACCCAAAAUCGGCAGUAUUUGAAUGCGCGAGUAAAUAAAAUAUUUUAAGGGUUUCUUUAUUUUAAACGAAAUAGAAAUCCAGAAUAUAAAAAAAGACAAAAAA